AUGUGUGAGGCUAUGAUUCUUGGGUCUCAGAAAUUUUACUGCCCCUUUAAGGACUGCUCAGCUAUGUUGAUUGACGAUGGGGCAGAGGUUGUGAGGGAUUCGGAGUGCCCUAAUUGCAAUAGAAUGUUCUGUGCUCAGUGUAAGGUUCCAUGGCACGCCGGGAUUGAGUGUGCGGAGUUUAAGAAGCUGAAGAAUGAUGAGAAGGGAAAUGAGGACAUCAUGCUAAGGAACCUUGCGCAGAAGAACCAAUGGAGGAGGUGUCCAAAGUGUAGGUUCUAUGUGGAAAAAUUGAUAGGUUGCGAUACCAUGCGGUGCAGGUGCGGUACUUAUUUCUGCUACAUUUGUGGAAAACUUAAUGUUGUUGUAAAACGAACAUAA